AUGGCAAUACUAUUUUAUUGUCUGACUCAUAAUCAGCAGCUCUCUUUUAGUCGAAGGAAAUUGUCAACGGUGUCUUCACAUUCUUUCGGUUCAUUCGUGCUUUCUUCGGACCCCCUCUCCCAUUUUCUUCUCUGUUCUUUAUUUUGUACUCUCUUUCUUUUUUUUUUUAUCAUUCUCUUUCUUUUCGUUAUAUAUUACUCUCUGUCUCUUUCUCUAUACCCUCUUCCUUCUUUUCCAUUAAUUUUCUCUUUUACCCUCUCACUUUAUUCUCUGUUCAUUAAUUCAUACUCUCACUCUUUCUAUCUUUUCACUUCUCGUAUUUUCUUAUUUUCUCGUCUUCUCUAUUCUUUUUCUCUUUGUUGUUCUCUCCCUUUUUCUCUCUUUCUUUCUUCCACCCCUUAUCUGCUUCACUCUUUCUCUUUUUACUCUCAUCACUUACCCUAUCCCUUUCUUCCUUCACUCAGCUCCUAA